AUGUCAUCACUCUCAACUUCUUCCACAUCCUUUGGUAAACGUACUGUGAGCCAACCUUUAUGCUUCUGUGAGGUUGAGGCCACACUGAGAUACUUAAAUACUCCCAGAAAUUCAGGAUGUCUCUUCUUUGGCUGUCCAAAGUACAACAAUGAGGGCUUAACAUUUUGCAAGUUCUUUAAGUGGGUGGAUGGUACUUUGGACAUAGAGCAAGAACUUCACCAAAUUAAAAUUGAACUAUUAAGGAAGGAUGAAGAGCUGAAAAGGAUACUCGACGAUUUUCAACAGAGGGAGAUUAAGUUCCGGAAGAGAGCUGAUGCGAUUGAGAAAAUGUUAUACAAUAUACUUGAGGAGGUUCAGAAGAAGGACUUGGUGCUUUUAAAGCAAGAAGCUGAAAAUAGGCGUUCACGCACACUACUCUAUCUGUAUUGGGCUGUUGCCAUUGUUGUAUCAUGUUACAUUUUGCUGUCUAACCAAGCUCAGAAUUGAUUUCUCUUAAGUUAUUGUAAAUAUGUAGUUUAAGUUACUCUGAUCUGGCAAGUUAUU